AUGUGCGAGGACGCGGGUUUCGAGGAUAUUUCCGUCUGCCAUAACCCGGAUUACAAGGAUCUAGCCCCGCGAAUCGCGGCGAACGGCACAACGGCUAAGCCCCGGGGAAACGACGAAUAUGGGGGAGUGGAGGAGGAGGAAGAAGACGAAGAGGAGGAGGAAGGGGGAGAAGACGAAGAAGGGGAGGGAGAGGAGGAAGGGGGAGGCGGGCGAGGAGGGGACGGGGGGAAAGGGGGUGGUGGUCCCGGCAUGGUGUGGUCGGGGCGGGUGUUUGCGCUGCACGACGUGUAUGUGAACAACAAGGGGCAGGUGUUUAACUCCACGCACGUCUUUAAUCCCAACGGCUGCUACGCCGAAGACACGGUGUGUGUGGGUGGUUGGAAAAAGGGGGGAUUGAGGAAAGGGGGGGUGGGGAUGGAGGGCUGGAGGGGGAGGAGCCGGGGGCAUGCGCGUCUCCUCCUUCAACUCACGUAUGAACCUGCUGACCUGCUGGUCACUGGGGGCACUCGUGGGGUUGUAGGAGACAGGCACGCACGCGCGACUCUUCCUCUCACUCGCUGGUCAUCUGGGGCACGCCUGGGGCACGCCUGGGGUGCGCCUGCCCUGCCCUUCCACGACUCCUGUGUGAAUGUGCGAUGCGGGUCAUUGGAGGCGCCGCCACCCACCCCAUCUUCACACCACCCUCUCCCCUCUCCCCUCUUUCCACAGUUCCACUACGAGGCAAGCACGCGCGUGUCCGCCUACAACUCGCUGGUCAACCUGCUGGUCGUUGGGGGCACGCCCGGCCCCCGUCUGCCCUUCCACGAGGUCCUGGAGCUCGUGCCGCUCUUCCUGCCGCUCUCCCGCGUGCUCAAGAAGCACGGCAAGCCCGCCCUCGUCAUGCGCGGCAAGAAGCUGCCUCGAGUGGUGGGCAUCACCAUGAAUCGCAUGCUCUCCUUUGGGGAUGCCUCUCGCCUCCUCUUCGUGCGAACACUCAUCCAGCCCACGUUUCAGCACUGCCAGCACCCCAGCCCUUCCCUGUGGACCAAGCUCCGCUCCUCCCACUUUCUACAACCCCACCGCCUGCCACUCCUCAACCCCGAUUGGUCCGAGCGCCUUCCCUCCACCUCCCCCAAGGCCCUCUCUCCCCCUGCCGCCCUCCCCCCCUGGGAGACAAGUGGGGUGAAAGAGGUGAUAGUUCUCGAGCCACCAGCAACAGUCCAGGUGAAGGGAUUCGCAGGGAUGGUUGAGGGGCUGAAGGGGAGGUUUGGUGCCGAGCAUGUGAGGCUAGUGGGGAGGUUUCAAAGAGAUGACGCCAAAGAGUUGUUUCCCCGGGCGGCGCUGCUCGUCAGCAUCUCGAGCCCGUUUCUCGUCAACCUCGCGUUCCUGCCGCCCCGCGCCGCGCUGUUGGAGCUCCGCCCGCCGCCCGCUGAGGUGGACGCAGUGAUUGCUGACUCAGUCGCCAGGCUGGCAGCGGCUUGCCAGAUCCAUCACCGCGUGAUUCGAGGAAGCUUCGUGGAAGGAGCAGCAGCUGAUGGUGCGGGGAAAGGGAAAGGGGCCGAGGAGGGUACGGGGAAGGGUGCGGUGGAGUGGAGGAGCGGGGCUGUAGAGGCAGCAGCGAUGUUUCUGGCUCGAGUGGUGGGGAAAGCAUUAACAGCCGAUGAGAAAGUAGUAGAGGAGGCAGCUCUGACGGCUGCCGACCAGCGAAUGAGAGCCGCACAGCUGGCGCAGGCCUCCACCAGUAAGAAGCCGCUCAUUCCCGGCACGCAGAUCCAAUCUCUGCAGUCCGCCGCCCAGUUUCGGCGCUGGCUGCGGUGCGUGAGUCAGCGGGGGCGGUGGGAAUACAACGCAACGCCGCGUAUCCUCCCUUGGGAGUACCUCGGUACAAUGAACCUGUGUGAUCACCGGCACAAGGGGACCACCGGGGGACUCGUGACAAAAAAAGCCGACAAGUACGCGAUUGAGGGCGGCGCGCCGGACGGCUGGAGCGUGCGCGAGUCGCUCAAAUACGAGUGGAGAACGCCGCUUGGGAAGUGCCCGAUCGGGCCGCUGAGGCAGCUCGACGGGGAUAUGUUUUGCCGGAAAGUGGAGGCGAGGAAAGGUGGGCUGAAUGUGCUGUUCCUGGGGGAUUCCCUGGCGCAUCAGAUGGUUGUUAGCUUCCUGAACGGCCUUCUGAGACACAUUCCCAAGCCUGCGGUGUGGGCUGUCAAUGAAACAAUUCCCCGGGAGUGCUCUGAUUGGCUGGUGGAUCCGCCGAGGCAUGCCUACUGCCGAGUGUACACUUUCAAUGAGAGCUUUUGUCCCGGGCUUACGGUGCAAUUCGUGAGGAAUGACCACCUGUGGUUUACUUCGCCUGGAGAAGCGAAGUUUGACCACAUUCCAUGGCAUCUGUAUUCUGGGUUGAGAGAUGCUGACGUGGUGGUGGUGAAUCGAGGAGCACAGAGGUUGCACUUUCAACAGCAGCCGCAGCAGCAGCAGCAGCAGCAGCAGCAAGGGGUGAAGCAGCAGCAGGGGGGAGGGGGAGAGGAGAACGAUCAGCAGGGGGUGCAGUGGGGAGGGUAUCGGCCUGAACUGAGUCAUGCUCCUCCUGAACCUGGCCGGGUCGCUUCUAACCUUCAUGAUCCCUCAAUCCCCCCACACCAGUCUUUUCAACAGCCGCAUCAGCAGCAGCAGCAGCAGCAGCAGCAGGUACAUCAGCACGACUUGUUGGAAAAGCCGCAGAGUGUGGGGGGAGAGGGUCUCAUGCAAGCGGCUGUGGGUAACAAGCGGCAGAGGGAGGGGGAGCAGCGACAGACGCCAUGUGUUGUGACUGGGUGGCAGCAGCAGCCGGUGCAGGACAAGUUUCACCACUCCCUCGCUGCUAACACCCUCAAUAUAGUCACAGGCAAUUCAGACCCUCCCCCUGCCUCUUCCGCUGCCCCCUCCCCCUUUCCUUCCGCCACUCCCAUGGCUGCUCCUUCCGCCACUCCCAUGGCUGCUCCUUCCGCUGCCCACCUUCCCCCUUCGGAAAUCCCCCCUGCCGCUCCCCCCAUCCCUUCCGCUCCACGAACUUCCCCUUCCGCUCCCCCCAUUUCCCCCUCCGCGCUCCUAGGCGCGCUCUCCUCCCUCCAGUCAAAAAUAUCCGCGUUACAAGUGCUGGUUCCGCUAGUGGCACAAUCCGCCCCGUCAGAGGCGCUGCAGCAGCAACAGGAGGUGGCAGCAGUGGGGGUGGCGACGGUGAUACAGCAGGUGGCGGCGGCAGCAGUGGGGUUGCUGCCUCCGCACCUGCAGCAGCAGCUUGUGGUGCCGGAUAUUGCCGGAGUGCAGCAGCAGCAACAGCAACAGCAACAGCAGGAGGCGGGCCUUACAGACAACACCAACCAGCAAGAGCAGCAGCAGCAGCAGCAGCAGCAGCAAUGCGAUCUGGUGCCUCAGAUUGAGUUGCUGCGAAGGUUACUGGAAGCGCGCAACCAGCAGCUGCAAGCACCCCAGGCGAACGAAAUAGAGGGUGGGACGAACGUGGCAGGCCCGGGAGGCUCGGGAGAGAUGGAGAGGGCAGGCUCGGGUGCUCUGCCUGUUCUUGAGUCGACCCCAAACGUGCAGAGGGCAAGCGUUAGGGAGGAUCGCGGUGGGGAAAGGGAAGGACAGGUGAACUGCAGCACGGUGUACGACGAAGGAUUGCGGUGGGGUGCGGUGCUGGUAGGUGCGGAUGGGACUUUGGAGGAAAGGAGAAGGGAGGGGGAAGGCGGGCAUGGGAGUGGGGGUGAGAUGUUGGCAUGGGGUGGUGGUGACGUCAUGCGUGGUGUAGUGAAGGAGGAAGUGCAGGGUAUGGAUGACGUCAGCAUGGGUGGCGGUGACGACAUCGAGGGGACGCCCAUGCCGUUGCAUGGAACCUAUUAUGGGGCACCUGAUGGGGCACCUGACGUGACACCUGGUGGGGCACCUGAUGGUGCUGCAUAUGAUGGUGGUGCAAUGGCAUGUCAAGCGGUUGUUGUUCCAACGGCUUCACAUGGUAACCGCAUGGUAUCAAGUGGUAACACCAGAUCAUCACAUGAUAACGCCAUGGCAUCUCAGGUUAGUGGCAUGCCGCCCAGUGUCAGCAUGGGCGGCGCAAGCAGCAGUCAGGGCGGCAGCAGUGGUGUGGGCGGCAGCGUUCUGGGCGGCAGCGGAAUGUGCGACAGCGUUUUGGGCGGCGGCAGUGUUUUGGGUGGCAGCGGCGGCAUGGGUGUGAGGAGAGGCAGGAUACGGGGGAGUAGAGGAGGGAAUGGGGGAGGGGGGAGGAAGGGGGGCGGCGGAGGAGGGAGAGGAGGAGGGAGGGGGGGGACAAGAGGGGGAAGAAUAUUACCUGAAGCAAGGAGGGAAGAGGAAGAGAGUGAGGGGCAAGUGGUAAGACGAUCAAAACUUGGAAUUUCAGUGAAGGCUGAGAGUCAACUGGGUGGUGGGAGUGGGGAGGAUGAAGAGGAGGAGGAGGAGGACGAGGAGGAAGAGGGGGGGAGGAGCAGUGAAGGGGUGACACGUGGCGAGUUUGAAUUGGUGGAGCUGCAGGUUGACGAGCUUCUAGCAGAGCACACUCUCUUCUGUGAGGUGGGGGGUUUUGAGGUGCCUGUUUUCGCUCAUAGCAGAGCAGAGGGGCUGCAGGUGGGCGAGCUUCUUCUAGCAGAGCACACUCCCUUCUGUGAGGGCUUUAAGCGCGACGCCAACCUCCGCAUGCACAUGCGCGGCCAUGCUAUCCCCCCUCUCAUCCCCCAUCUCUCAUCCCCCAUCUCUCAUCCCUCAUCUCUCAUCCCUCAUCUCUCAUCCCCCAUCUCCCAUCCCCCAUCUCUCAUCCCUCAUCUCUCAUCUCCCAUCUACCACCUUCCUCCUUCCCACCAGGUGUGUGGGAAGGGCUUUAAGCGAGACGCCAACCUCCGCAUGCACAUGCGCGGCCACGGCGAUGCCUACAAGGGUGCCACCUCCCUCUCCCGCCCCGCGCUCUCCGCCGACCGCUCCGCCGCCCAUCCUCAACGCUACAGCUGCCCGGAACCCGGAUGCAAGCGCAACCAGCAGCACGCGGAUUUCCAGCCUCUGAAAACGAUUCUGUGUGUGAAGAAUCACUACAGGAGGACGCACUGUGCGAAGCAGUACACGUGCAGCCGGUGCGGUGUGAAGCAGUUUGCCGUGCUGGCUGAUCUGCGCACCCAUGAGAAGCACUGCGGCCGGUCCUCCUGGAAAUGCUCCUGCGGCUCGUCCUUCAGGUGGGUUCAGGUGGAGUCAGUCAUCACCCUCCCUGCAUCCCUACACCCCCUACACUCCUUCCCGCUCCCCUCUCCUCCUACUAUCCACUGCUGCAGUGCCAAGCUCCUGAGGCACCUCUCUCACUGCUGCAGUGCCAAGCUCCUGAGGCACCUCUCUCACUGCUGCAGUGCCAAGCUCCUGAGGCACCUCUCUCACUUCCCCACCAACCACCAUCUCAACCCGCCCGCCCUUGCACUUGCCUACCUCUAUCCACAGCUACUGGACCACCUCUCUCUUUUCACCGCCCACCACGCCGUCGCUGCCCGCCCAUCAGACCUGGAAUCAACUCAAACCCCAAACCCUUCCCCUUCUUCCCUGUCGCCCUCUCCUGCACUGCACCUCCCCCCCUCUCCCCCUGUCUGCACUCGCAAGGACAAGUUGCUGGGCCACCUUCGCAAGGACAAGCUACUGGGGCACCUCUCUCACUUCACAGGCCAUCAUGCCGUCGCUGCCGGCCCCUCUGACCUCCCACUGCCCGCCCUCCCUUCCCCCGCUGCCUCCACGCCUGCUGCUGCUGUCGACGCUGCCGUCGCCGCUGCCUCUGCUGCUGUUUCCGGUGCUGCUGCUGGAGAUACUGCUGGCGGCAGUGGUGGUGGUGGCAGUAGCAGUGCUGCCUUUGGUAGUUACUAUGAGGGGAACAGUGGGGUUGCCAUGGGAUUGGCUGGAGGUGGGGGAAGGAUAGGUGUUGACGCCAGCAGGAGCAGCAGUGUGGUAGCAGGAACUAACAUGGCGGCCGGUGGUUCUCCUGCUGCUCCCUCUACAAUCACUGCUCCCUCUGCAAUCACAUCUGACAGUCACUGCCCAUGA